AUGUUAAAUUUAGAUGGGUAUGAUCUCAUAAUGCUUUCGAUGGUUAACAAAUCGAUUCGAUCUCAAACCCAAGAUAAUUUAUUAUGGCGUAAAAUUUGUUUUCGAGAAUUUCCUAAUGAUAUCUUGCGGAUGAAUUAUGAAAGAAAAGAUAUAAGUUUGAAUAAUAAUAAUUGGUUUAAUCUCUGGAAAGAAAUUGAAAAGAAAAAUUCAACAAUAAUCUUUGCUGAACAACCGCAAUUCAGUCUCAUGAUUCCUCCGUGCUGGACAAAAAAUGAAAGACCUUACGAGAUUGAGAACUUAUCAAAUAAAGGAUGGUUAAAGUUUAAAGUACCAACUAAAAUUUUUGUUCAAGAAAAUUCUAAUGUUAAAACUGAAUUGAGAAGAUAUAAUAAUUUAGAAGAAAACGAAAUCUCAUUAUGGAUUAAAUCAAUGGAAUUGUAUUCAGUACAACUUGUAAGAUGCUGUUAA